GCUUUUCUAGGUUUUUGUCUUCUUCCAUCUCCUCUGAAGUUUUUCGCUGUUAAAUUUCAUUGUUCUUCUUUCAUUUCUCGUGUUUCUGCAUUUGAUUUUUAGAUUCGUGUUUUGUUUGAUUUUUCGUGAUGACCUAAAAGGGGUUUGAACCCUCUUGUACUUCGGAGCAGCCCAGUAAGUGUUAUUUCGGGUGGUGACAUCUAUCGGGGCUUGCUCGCUGUGGUUUCAUGAAUGGCUGAUUAUUCUGUGUUAUUGAAUUAUUUUUGGUUUGUAAAAGCACGCUUUGUAAUCUGAUAACCAUGCUCACUCACCUCCACAACUUUCGUUCAUGCAGCCAUUACUGUCUUAUUUCUUUUGCACUCUAAGUAGAAGAGAUGGUGAGGCUCACUGCUGAUUUGAUAUGGAAAAGCCCUCAUUUUUUCAAUCCAGUUAAAGAGCGUGAGUUAGAUCUUCGAGGCAACAAGAUAGCUGUAAUUGAAAACCUGGGUGCUACUGAGGACCAAUUUGACACCAUAGAUUUAUCUGAUAACGAGAUUGUCAAACUGGAGAACGUACCUUAUCUUAACCGGUUGGGUACACUGAUCAUUAAUAACAACAGGAUUACUAGAAUUAAUCCCAGCAUUGGAGAGUUCUUGCCAAAAUUGCACACACUAGUUCUCACUAACAACAGAAUUGUAAACUUGGUAGAAAUUGACCCUUUAGCAUCCAUUCCAAAGCUGCAGUACCUUAGUCUGCUGGACAACAAUAUCACGAAGAAGCCAAAUUAUAGGCUUUAUGUUAUUAACAAACUGAAAUCCCUCCGGGUUUUAGAUUUCAAGAAAGUGAAAAAUAAGGAACGGUUGGAAGCCAAAAGCUUGUUUGCUUUGGAAGAUGUUAUGGAUGAAAUUCAAAGGUUGCCACCCAAACCAGUUUCACCUGCUGAAACUCCAAAGGUUUCAGAAGCAGCUGAGGAACAACAAACACCAAAAGUGGUUGCUCCCACACCUGAGCAAAUUACUGCUAUCAAGGCUGCCAUUGUGAAUUCUCAGACUCUUGAGGAGGUUGCUAGACUUGAAAAGGCAUUGAAGUCUGGCCAGCUUCCUGCAGAUAUAAAAGGCUUGAAUGAUAAUAUACUGUUGGAUAAUGUUACUGAAAAACCUGAAGAUAUGAUUCAUGAUGACAGAGGUCAAGCUGAUGGUGAAUCCAAUGGUACACAAGAGCAUACAAAUACUGAUUCUACUUCAAUGGAACAGGAUUAGAGUGAAGAUUUUGAAGAUGCCUCAGCACUUUAAUGUCAUGUUUGAUCAUAGUUUUAUUGGUUUGGAAUGGAUUAAAUUUGUUUAAACAGUGCAGGUGUAGUGUUAGUAAUUUUACUUUAUACAAGAUGAUUCAUGGAAAAUUCUUUCAGACGCUGAUUUAAUUUUUUUUCCUUGAGUUAAAAUGGUGUAUGAGUGUCACGCUUAAAUUGUUUAAUCAAUACAAGUUUGGAAUGUUUUAUUUUGUUGA